AUGCAAAAAUCGUCAAUAGCAUUAUCGGUACGCACUCGUUCCAAUCCACUCACGCUUCUAGCUCCAAACACGGGCGUUUCAUCUGGAGAGUGUAAUUCCUCUUUAGUGGGUCCGUUUAUUGGGUUUCAUCACAACAGUGUGUUGAUUAGUGCACUGUGGUUCUAUGGAAAGGGAAACAUUGGCUAUGGAGCCAAUAUAGGAAGCAAUCACACAGGUCGUCUUCCUGAUCAAGAAAUCAUUCCGGGAGAGGGCGUUUUCUUCGGUUUGGGAUGCAACAUCAAAUAUCCAUGCAAUUUGCAAAACUCUCCCUACUCGAUCGUCGCGUCGGGCGUGACGAUGCUUCCACAGCGAAUGGAUCUUCCGUUUUCGCUGAUUAACCGGCCCAGCACCCAUCGCGAAGGCGUUUCGCCCGAGCUGAACGAAGUGUUCCCUGGGUGGAUUUUAUACGGAAACUACUACAUGAUCGUUCGAAACGAAGAUAAAUUCGCGAAUCGGAACAAAUCGAAGCGGAAUCUCUUCGAGAUGUCGAUCAUGCGUCCGGAUAUUAUUGCGAUGGUUGUGAAGGCGAGGAAUGCGCUGGCGUUUGUUCCUCAUUCGAAACGUUUGAUCGAUUUAUCGACAAUGAGCGAGGCGGAAUGUGCAUCGGACACGACCAUCGAAUUGCUGGAGGAACCGUGGAAAGAAUGCGAGGACGCUGGAGACCGCGUGUAUCUGGAGCGAAACGUAGAAACGGAGAAGGAGGACGAUGGGUAG